GGUGGUGUCAAAAUCGGGGCCCCAGAAACCCAACAAGCUGUCAUUGCCCCCCAACUAAUCGCGCGCGGUUCCACUUUCUGCAGCGCCCCCGUAUUCGGCCGCCCAAUCCCCCCUUUUCGCCCAGCGAGCGCGCAUUAAUCCUACGGUGUUUUUCCGCUUUCACUCACGUUAAUCAUAAUUAAUCACUCGUUGUGUGUGUGUGUGUGUCACUCUCGAGGGACUUUGCGGGAACAGUGCGUGACGACAGCGCCCCCCUUUUCUCAUUGAUCGACCGAUUUUGCGUGUGAAAUUGGGGUCCCCCAGUUCGAGCCCCCUUCAGUGCAGCAUGAGCUACCAGCAGGGCCACGGACGCGGAGCGCCUCCCCACCCCAACCAGGGCUACGCCCCGCCCUCCGGCGCCCCCCCAUUYCCCUACAUCAACCCCAACUCCUACGGCUACYCGGGCCACGCCCCCAUGCAAAUGCCCCAACCAAUGCCCAUGCCCAUCUUCCCACCCAGCGCCCCUCCACCCAGCAACGUUUACCCGCCAGGGGGCGGAGCUUAUCCUCCAUCAGGAGGCGGGGGUUACCCUCCGUCAUCAGGCGGGACUUACCCUCCGUCAGGAGGCGGAGCUUAUCCUCCGUCAGGAGGCGGAGCUUAUCCUCCAUCAGGAGGCGGAGCUUAUCCUCCGUCAGGAGGCGGGGGUUACCCUCCGUCACCAAGCGGGGCUUACCCUCCGUCAGGAGGCGGAGCUUAUCCUUCGUCAGGAGGCGGGGGUUAUCCUUCGUCAGGAGGCGGGGGUUACCCUCCGUCAUCAGGCGGGGCUUACCCUCCGUCAUCAGGCGGAGCUUAUCCUCCGUCAGGAGGCGGGGGUUACCCCCCUUCGGUGGGCGGAGCCUAUCCUCAACCAGUGGGCGGAGCUUAUCCUCCGCCACCUUCUCACCAUAGCUACGCGCCAGCUAGCAUGUUGCCGCCCACGUCAGGUGGGGCGGGAUCGGGCGCGCAGUCGUCAAGGCCAAAGGCCACGCCCACCGUGGUGGCGGCGCAGCCGUUCAACCCGCGAGCCGACGCCGAGGUGCUGCGCAAAGCGAUGAAAGGUUUCGGAACCGACGAGAAGGCCAUCAUCAGCGUGCUGGCGCAUCGGACCAACGUGCAACGGCUCCAGAUCGGCAUCGAGUUCAAGACGUUGUAUGGAAAGGACCUGGUGAAGGACUUGAAGUCCGAGACGUCGGGCAAUUUUGAGCGGCUGCUGGUGGCGCUGAUGACGCCGCUGCCCGAGUUCUACGCCAAAUCGCUGCACGACGCCAUGGCCGGACUGGGCACGGAAGAAAACGUGCUGAUUGAAGUGCUCUGCACCAAGUCGAACGCCGAACUGAGUGUGAUCAACCAGGCGUACCAAUCACUGUACUACAAGCCGCUGGAGGCGGACAUCAAGGGCGACACUGGCGGCACCUUCAAGCGACUGAUGGUGUCACUGUGCAACGCUGCGCGGGACGAGAGCAUGCUGACCAAUCAGGAGGCGGCGCGCGCCGAUGCGCAGGCCUUGCUCAGGGCGGGCGAGCUGCGCUUGGGCACCGACGAAAGCGUCUUCAAUGCCGUGAUGUGUCAAAGAAACUGGGCGCAGCUGCAGCUGAUCUUCAAUGAGUACCACCAUCUGACUGGUCACGACAUUGAAAAGGCCAUCAAGAACGAGUUCUCGGGCGAGUCUGAAGAUGGCCUGCUGGCCCUGGUGCGCUUCGUCCGAAACCCCGCCGGGUUCUACGCGAAAUGUCUGAACGGCAGCAUGAAGGGGAUGGGCACCAAUGACGCAGACUUGAUUCGUCUGGUGGUGACGCGCUGCGAAAUCGACAUGGUGGAGGUGAAGCGCGAGUACCAGGCCCUCUACGGGGUGUCUUUGGCCGAUGCCAUCAAGGACGAGACCAGUGGGGACUACAAAAAGUGCCUGCUGCACCUGAUAGGGGAGGCCUAAUUUUUCUACUUAAAAUUUCCAGUUUUUGUCUAUUUACUCGAAUUGUAUGUGCCUUUUUAUAUGCUAUUGCAGCUGCUUGGGCCCUCCGGGCCCUGUUGCCAAACUGUUUUAAUCUCAUCUGUCACUGAAUAUACUAUUUUUCAGAAAAA